AUGGCGUUGGUGAUUCUUUCAUUUGACAUGUGUAAAGAGACAUAUAGAGCAUUGUCAUUGCCUAAGGAUAUUAGUGAUGUUAACACAAAUCUUAGUGUUUUGGGAAAUUGUCUGUGCCUUUUUCAAGACCGUAAAGGAACUCAUUUUGAUGUGUGGCAAAUGAGAGAGUACGGAGUUCGUGAGUCUUGGACUCGAGUAAUGAGUGUCAGCUAUGAACAUCUUCAUGCUGAUGAUAUGCUUCAUCACUUGUGGCCGCUGAUUUUCCUAGGUGAAGAUGGUGACAUCCUAUUGCUCUUCAGAAAAAAGAAUUGGGAUGUUACCAUGUAUAAUCUGAGAGAUAAUAGUGUGAAAUAUGUUCAACUUCCAGACAACAAACAUUGGUUGUGUGCCCAUGGUUAUGUACAAAGUCUAGUUUCGCCUUAUUAA